UUCCUUGUCCAGGGUGUACGUCGCCUUCCUUGUCCUGGGUCUGCGUUGCCUUCCUUGUCCUGGGUGUACGUCGCCUUCCUUGUCCUGGGUGUACCCCGCCUUCCUUGUCCUGGGUGUACCCCGCCUUCCUUGUCCUGGGUGUACCCCGCCUUCCUUGUCCUGGGUGUAUUCCAUCUUCCUUGUCCAGGCUGUACCCCGCCUUCCUUGUCCAGGGUCUACCCCGCCUUCCUUGUCCAGGGUCUACCCCGCCUUCCGUGUCCAGGGUGUACAUUACCUUCCUUGUCCUGGGUGUACGUUGCCUUCCUUGUCCAGGGUCGACACUGCCUUCCUUGUCCAGGGUCUACACCGCCUUCCUUGUCCAGGGUCUACCCCGCCUUCCUUGUCCAGGGUGUACACCGCCUUCCUUGGUGGUAAACUAACUUUGUGUGGAAAAAUUGCAAAACUAUCUCAAAUAACGUCUGUGCCAAUAAGUACCACAUAUCCUUUAUUUGUAAAUAUCAAAUACAAUUUAGACAAACGUGUUUUCCUCAAAAUCUCUGUCGAUUUAGCCUCCAACGACCAGGAUUUGUGUGUUUUUGUCAACAUUUACGAGGACUAAACCACACAAAUGUGACACGCCGAAAUGGACGCUCUGCACUUGACCCGCUCUCAUCCUUGACCCCGCCCCCUUGACUUUGCAUUCCCCUCCUCCUGCUCGUCACCGGGCACAAAGACGGCUGAGUCAGCAGCGGGAAGCUGGAUGGCGGCAGGUUUUUGAUUUCUCUUUUUGUGGUUGCGGCUUUUGGAAACGAUGAGAUGCUCUCGCUUUCUUAAGUGGAGGCAGAUGAGGCGGUGUAGGACCCUGCCUCUUCUCCUGCGGACCUCCCACUCUCAUCUCUCCAUUAACACCGCUGCUAACUUCAUGCUGUCACUGGAGGGUUUUUAGCUUUAUAAACCCCAUUUUUAGUCCAUCCAUCCAUCUUCUUCCGCUUUAUCCGAGGUCGGGUCGCAUGGGCAGCAGCCUGUCAGGAUUGUCACUGACACUUUGUUUGUGUUUUAGUAUUUCAAUCAAUCAAUCAAUCAAUCAAUGUUUAUUUAUAUAGCCCCAAAUCACAAAUGUCUGCACAAAUCAUUACGACUACAACAUCCUCGGAAGAACCCACAAAAGGGCAAGGAAAACUCACACCCAGUGGGCAGGGAGAAUUCACAUCCAGUGGGACGCCAGUGACAAUGCUGACUAUGAGAAACCUUGGAGAGGACCUCAGAUGUGGGCAACCCCCCCCCCCCCUCUAGGGUUCCGAAAGCAAUGGAUGUCGAGCGGGUCUAACAUGAUACUGUGAAAGUUCAAUCCAUAGUGGCUCCAACACAGCCGCGAGAGUUCAGUUCAAAGCGGAUCCAAGACAGCAGCGAGAGUCCCGUCCACAGGAAACCAUCUCAAGCGGAGGCGGAUCAGCAGCGUAGAGAUGUCCCCAACCGAUACACAGGCGAGCGGUCCAUCCUGGGUCCCGACGAGCGGUCCAUCCUGGGUCUCGACUCUGGACAGCCAGUACUUCAUCCAUGGUCAUCGGACCGGACCCCCUCCGCAAGGGAGGGGGGGACAUAGGAGAAAGAAAAGAAGCGGCAGAUCAACUGGUCUAAAAAGGAGGUCUAUUUAAAGGCUAGAGUAUACAGAUGAGUUUUAAGGUGAGACUUAAAUGCUUCUACUGAGGUAGCAUCUCGAACUGUUACCGGGAGGGCAUUCCAGAGUACUGGAGCCCGAACGGAAAACGCUCUAUAGCCCGCAGACUUUUUUUGGGCUCUAGGAAUCACUAAUAAGCCGGAGUCUUUUGAACGCAGAUUUCUUGCCGGGACAUAUGGUACAAUUUCCUGUCCUUAGUUCCUGUCAGGUAUCUUAUUUUGGUUCAGCUUCCUGUUUGUCUCUAUGUUUGCUGUUUUCACCUCAACUGCGGCUGAUUGGCACCUGGCCACACCUGGUGUCAAUCAGCCCGCUCCUAUUUUACCUGCUUUGUUCCUUCAAUCAGGGCUGGAUUAAUGUCAUGUCGAUGUCACUCUUGUCGUUGCUACCUGUCGUGUCGUGUCGUGUCGUAUAUCUUGUCGGUGCAGCGUUGCGGUAAGAUAUAUUCGAUAAUGGUUUUUAGCUUAUUGUCUUUUGUUCCCUGCUUCCAGUUUGUUUUCUUAUUAAAAGUACGACUUCUAUUACCUGCUAGAUACCUGCUAGCUUUUACGCUAGGCCUUUUUGUUUGUUAUCCGCCCACGUGCGCGCUUUUUGUUUGUACCCUUUGUCUGGGUUUGUUCUAGUAUUUUAUAUUAAAUCAUGUUUUCUCACUCCAUGCCUGCCUCCAUCUCUGCAUCUUGGGGUUCGUCAACAACAAACUCUGACACAGCCUAGGCAGGGAAACCCAGAAUUCCCACUCCCCAGCCCAUAUCGUCUAGCUCUUCCCGGGGGAUCCCGAGGCGUUCCCAGGCCAGCCGGGAGACAUGGUCUUCCCAACAAGUCCUGGGUCUACCCCGUGGCCUCCUACCGGUCGGGCAUGCAUCCUGACCAGAUUUUAAGUCCAUAAAGCAUUUUAUUAUCUGUUUGCAGCCAUGCUUUGGACCAGUAAUUACUAUUUUCACCGUAUAAGCAUCAUCGGCGAUCAUUCCAGGCGAGUAUGAUUGUCUUCUUGUUGGUGGGUCUGCCUUCAGGAGAACGCCUGUGCGUGAAAUCUUUCAAAGUGGGGAGACUGGUGCACAGACACUGUCCUUGGCAAAGAGAAGGCCAGGGUUUAAUGGCAUGGAGACCAAAACAAUUGGGGGACCAUCUUUGCUGCGGCCUUCUACCGCCUUUGUGACCGUUGCGGAGCUUCUAUGCAACCAUCAUCCGGAGUUUCAGGAGAACGCCUGUGCGUGAAAACUUUUGAAGUGGGGAGAUUGGUGCACAGACACUGUCCUUGGCAAAGAGAAGGUCAGGGUCCAAUGGCAUGGAGACCAAGAAAAUUGGGGGACCAUCUUUGCUGCAGCCUUCUACCGCCUUUGUGACCGUUGUAGAGCUUUUAUGCAAACAUCAUCCGCCCACUCCGCCGUUGAGGUCUUUUUCGACGAGGGACUUCUUCGCUGUGGGGAGCUGUAUCCGGUGGAAAGGGAAAUCCAGGGCGACCGGGACUUACUCACAGCCGCAGGAUGCUGCCGGAGUUCCGGUCUGUCGGAGGACCACCUAUGCAAAGUAGUGAAGGGAAAAGGAUGUUGGUUGUCAUUCCGUCCAACACGCCCCCCCCCCCCCUCCUCUCCCAAAAAGGGGUUGGGGGUCAAACAGCAGGUGGUGCAGCAGAAGAGUCAGGACGUCGGAAAUGACCGCUCGGGAUAAGGAGAACAGAAAUGACAACUCAGGUGUCAGGGCUGUGAAUAAAGAUGGACUGCGGGUGGGGCGGGAAAUGAGCGCCCGGUGACUCAGAAGACAUCCAAAGGUGACAUGGAGCCGCUUCACCGGCGUCGAUGACCCGCCCCGCCCCGCCACACAGCCGGGAGCUCGCGGGCUCGGACUAUGUAGCGUCCGAUCCCAGACGGUCCGACGGCGCCCAGCAUGGAAGCGCCGACCGCCUCUUGGAUUCACGUCAACGUCAGCGAGCGAGCCAACGCCUCGGAUGAGUUCGGCGCCGACGGCUCCUACGUGGCGGGCCUCUUCCUGUCCUGCCUCUACACCGUCCUCCUCUUCCCCAUCGGCUUCAUCGGCAACAUCCUCAUCCUGGCGGUCAACCUGGCCCACCGGGAGAAGAUGACCAUCCCGGACUUGUACUUCGUCAACCUGGCGGCGGCCGACCUCAUCCUGGUGGCCGACUCGCUCAUCGAGGUGUUCAACCUGAACGAGAAGUACUACGACUACGCCGUGCUGUGCACCUUCAUGUCGCUCUUCCUGCAGGUCAACAUGUACAGCAGCAUCUUCUUCCUCACCUGGAUGAGCUUCGACCGCUACGUGGCGCUGGCCAGCUCCAGCCCCCGGCGGACCAUGCGCCACGCCCGGCUCAGCUGCGGCCUCAUCUGGAUGGCGUCCAUCCUGGCCACGCUGCUGCCCUUCACCGUGGUGCAGACGCAGCACCGGGGCGAGCUGCACUUCUGCUUCGCCAACGUGCCGGAGAUCCAGUGGCUGGAGGUGACCAUCGGCUUCCUGGUGCCCUUCUCCGUCAUCGGCCUGUGCUACUCGCUCAUCGGCCGCGUCCUCAUGCGGGCGCAGAAGCACCGCGGGCUGUGGCCGCGCCGGCAGAAGGCGCUGCGCAUGAUCGUGGUGGCCGUGCUGGUCUUCUUCCUCUGCUGGCUGCCGGAGAACGUCUUCAUCAGCGUGCAGCUGCUGCAGGGCACGGCCGCCACCACUCUGUGGCACGACUACCCGCUCACGGGCCACGUGGUCAACCUGGCGGCCUUCUCCAACAGCUGCCUCAACCCCAUCAUCUACAGCUUCCUGGGGGAGACCUUCCGGGACAAGCUCCGGCUCUUCAUCAAGCAAAAGGCCGGCUGGUCGCCCGCUGACCGCCUCUGCCCCCUCGGACUCCACCUGGGCCUCAGGACUGAGGUGUCUCAGGUGUGAGGGCCUGGGUUGGCUGGGAAUUAGUCCACGUGGAUUAGCGACCUGCUCACGUUCGGAGCAAAAACAAAUGACGUAUAGUUCGUAUAAUCUCACUCAAAAGGCAUUUUAAGUGAACCUGUACACUGACUACUCUAAAGUUGGUUAAGACUAUUUUAAAAUUCCACAAAUGCAAUGUCUUUAAAAGCACAUUGAUAUUGAUCCAACACACAGUAAGGAAAGGAUUCAUACGGGCCCCAGUCCUGGGUGGGUAAUCAUUUUGCAAUGCAGUCUGCCGAAAAUGAUGGAAAGCACCACUCUGCCUAGCAACUAACGCUGUGUCUUUAAAUGGACAUUGACAUUGAUCCAACCCACUGUAGUGUACAGUAAGGAAAUGAUUCAUACGGCACCAGUCCUGGGUGGGUAGUAAUUUUGCAAUGCAGUCUGCUGAAAAUGAUGGGAAGCGCCACUCUACAUAGCAACUGACUCUGUGUUUUUAAAUCCAUAUUGAAAUUGAGCCAACACCCAGUUAAGAAAGGAUUCAUAUGGGCCCCAGUCCUGGGUGGGUAGUAAUUUUGCAAUGCAGUCUGCUGAAAAUGAUGGAAAGCACCACAGUACAUAUCAACUGACGCUGUGUCCUUAAAUGCACAUUGACAUCGAUCCAACACACUGUAGUGUACUGUAAAGAAAUGAUUCAUACGGCCUCAGUCCUGGGUGGGUAACCAUUUUGCAAUGCAGUCUGCUGAAAAUGAUGGAAAGCGCCACUCUACAUAGCAACUAACGCUGUGUCUUUAAAUGUACAUUGACAUUGAUCCAACACACUGUAGUGUACAGUAAGGAAAUGAUAAAGGAUUCAAAAGGGCCCCAGUCCUGGGUAGGUAGUCAUUUUGCAAUGCAGUCUGCUGAAAAUGAUGGGAAGCGCCACUCUACAUAGCAACUGACUUUGUGUUUUUAAAUCCACAUUGAAAUUAAGCCAACACCCAGUUAAGAAAGGAUUCAUAUGGGCCCCAGUCCUGGGUGGGUAACCAUUUUGCAAUGCAGUCUGCUGAAAAUGAUGGAAAGCGCCACUCGAAAUAGCAACUGACGUUGUGUCUUUAAAUGCACAUUGAAAUUGAUCCAACACACUAGUGUAAUGUAAGGAAAUUAUUCAUACGGCCCCAGUCCUGGGUGGGUAAUCAUUGUGCAAUGCAGUCUGCUGAAAAUGAUGGAAAGCCCCACUUUACAUAGCAACUGGUGCUGUGUUUUUAAAUGCACAUUGAAAUUGAUCCAACACACAGUAAGGAAAGGAUUCAUAUGGCCCCAGUCCUGGGUGGGUCAUCAUUUUCCAAUGCAGUCCGCUGAAAAUGAUGGAAAGUGCCACUCGACAUAGCAACUGACGUUGUGUCUUUAAAUGCACAUUGACAUUGAUCCAACACACUGUAGUGUACAGUAAGGAAAUGAUAAAGGAUUCAUAAGGGCACCAGUCCUGGGUAGGUAGUCAUUUUGCAAUGCAGUCUGCUGAAAAUUAUGGAAAGCGCCACUCUACAUAGCAACUGACACUGUGUCUUUAAAUGCACAUUGACAUUGAUCCAACACACUGUAGUGUACAGUAAAGAAAUGAUUCAUAUGGCCUCAGUCCUGGGUGGGUAACCAUUUUGCAAUGCGGUCUGCCGAAAAUGAUGGAAAGCAACACUCUGCAUAGCAACUGACUCUGUGUUUUUAAAUGCACAUUGAAAUUGAGCCAACACCCAGUUAAGAAAGGAUUCAUAUGGGCCCCAGUCCUGGGUGGGUAAUCAUUUUUCAAUGCAGUCUGCUGAAAAUGAUGGAAAGGGCCACUACACUAAAUAGCAACUGACGCUGUGUCUUUAAAUGCACAUUGACAUUGAUCCAACACACUGUAGUGUACAGUAAGGAAAUGAUAAAUGAUUCAUAAGGGCACCAGUCCUGGGUAGGUAGUAAUUUUGCAAUGCAGUCUGCUGAAAAUGAUGGAAAGCGCCACUACACUAAGUAGCAACUGACGAUGUGUCUUUAAAUGCACAUUGACAUUGAUCCAACACACUGUAGUGUACAGUGAGGAAAUGAUUCAUACGGCCCCAGUCCUGGGUGGGUAAUCAUUUUCCAAUGCAGUCCGCUGAAAAUGAUGGAAAGCGCCACUACACUAAAUAGCAACUGACGCCGUGGUCAAAGUCAGACUAAAAAACACAUUUUAAAGAUAUUCAGCACGUUACUGCCAUCUGGCGGCUAAAGUAUAUUUUGUAUCCCAACAAUUUAGCACGUUUCAUGUGUCAGGCAAUGUUGCACCACUGCUCACGCGUUGAAUAUAUGCCAUGCACAAAAUCAAAUAAAAAAUAAGCGCGUAACAAUUUUCGAUGUAACUGACGAGCGGCUACAACGAAGAAAAUAAUUGUCGUAACGUCUGUCGAGAAGCUUUAAAGAGGACGUGAAUUCCGUCGAUCAUUUUAUCGGGCAAAACUCUUUAUCAAGACCAAAAAACAUUGGUAAAACUUUUUGCUACACAAACCAAACCAAAACUAACUCUGUCAUUGCCAUAUCAACAACACCCGCUCGCUCUUUCUCACUUGCCAACACAUGCACAUGUGGCACAGAGCCAGUGAUGCGUUUACAGCCCCCAAAAAAGUCAGACAACUCCAACACCACACGUAAUGUGUAACUCCAGGUCGUUACACUAGGAUUUGUUUUAGUGUCAUUUAUUAAGAAUCUUAAUUUAUACAUUUUAAUCAUGAAACAAUGUUAAUAUAUUAAAAACAAAUAUUAAUUAAAAUAUAUAUUUUACGAACAGAAAGUUACAGGAAUGUACACAUGAUGCCAUGCUUUGUGCAACAUGUGAAUGUUUUAAAGGGAACAAUAUCUGAAAGUGGUGCAAAUUACUUCCAGAAAACUCAAGUCGAUCGGACAGGCGGCUGCUUUUUGUUGUUGACGUAAAAACUUUGGGACGUCCAGAAUAUGACACGCCUUCUUUCUUUCAUGGUCAUGCCUUUUUGUCACAGAAGACGUUCCAUCCUAAAAAAAAAAAAAAAAAGAUAGUUGUUUUUUUACUGUCAAUUUUGUUAUUAUGUCCAUACAUUUAAAAUUAUUCCACAAUUUGUUUCACAUGUACUCAGAUGACUGAGGGGUGUCCAAACUUUUUCCACCAAUGAUUGAACAGUCAAAAGUAUGCGGGGGCCAUUUUGAUACUUUUCAUGUUUAAAACCAAUACAACAUAAAUUGUAGUCCUUAGGGCAGCGAUUAGUUCACUUAAAUAUUCAAAUACGGUGUUACUGUUCAAACUGUGUAAUGUUACAAUGUAAUAUACUUGUUGAAUCACACCUGUGCCUUGUUCUUGAUGAAUAUUCAGGCCUACUAUGCUACUGUGUUUAGUGAGGUCACGAUGGUGUUGCUUGGACAGCCAAGUGUUCUCUUGAGUUGAUACUUGGUGAAAAAAAAAAGUCUGAGAAUCACUGCCUUAGGGCUUUCCGCAAUUUUGAUGAAUGUUAAAGGUCCUAAUGUUGUUGUUUUUUUUGCUUUCAACACUUAAAUAUAAAUUGUCUGUGUGUGUGUGUGUGUGUGUGUGUGUGUGUGUGUGUGUGUGUGUGUGUGUGUGUGUGUGUGUGUGUGUGUGUGU